CCUGUGUGCGAUUACGUCGGGUGUUUUUCUGCGUGACAGAAGUGCUGCGGGACGUGCGGGUUUCUGUCCCCGCUCAGGUGGCUCGCCGAGGCCGACAUUUAGCGUUUGAAUGUUCACAUCCAUUCAGGAAGACGAGUAGAGAAGCGCUGCUCGUGCCCGAGAACAUGGACUUGCACAUAUUAGACCACCGGCUGCGGGUCACCAGCAUAGCCAAGAACGGACUUGUUCAUUACACACAUUCCUUGAUAAAGCUGAUAUUUCUCCGGAACAGGACACGGUGCAAGUUUUUCAGCUUGACGGAAACGCCGGAGAACUACACCGUUGUCCUCGAUGAGGAGGGAUUCAAAGAGCUGCAGCCCUCGGAGCACCUUCAGCUCGAGAGCUCCAUCUGGUUGCCUCUCAACGUGGUAUCCAACGGCAACGCCUCCAGCAGCUCGCAGGCUGUCGGCGUGACCAAGAUUGCCAAGUCGGUCAUCGCUCCCCUUGCCCAGCAGCACGUCUCCGUUUUCAUGCUCUCCACCUAUCAGACGGACUUCAUCCUGGUGAGGGAGAAAGACCUGUCGGUGGUCGUCAGCACGCUGGAGGAGGAGUUCAGCAUCUACCGAGAGGUGGGGGGGGAGUCGGUCCCCGUGUGUGGUCCAGACGUUUCCAACGGCCUCCAGAAGAACGGCAAAGAAGCCAUCCAGCCGACUCUGCACCCGGUGCUGAUCCCCCAGAACCAGUUCUGCGUCAUGUCUCUGGACCCGGACACGCUGCCGUCCAUCGCCACCACGCUCAUCGACGUCGUCUUCUACUCCAGCUGUCCUAAGGAAGACGUCCAGUCCUCUGCAGGCCAGGACCUGGACUGCAUCAAGUUCUUCUCUUUCUCCCUCAUCGACGGCUACAUCUCGCUGGUGAUGGACAGCGAGGCUCAGAGACAGUUUCCUGCUGAUCUCCUGUUCACCAGCUCUUCGGGGGAGCUGUGGAGGAUGGUGCGUAUCGGCGGACAGCCGCUGGGAUUCGACGAAUGCGGCAUAGUCGCGCAGAUAUCGCAGCCUCUCGCCGACGGCGACAUCUCCGCCUACUACAUCAGCACCUUCAGCUUCGACCAUGCUCUGGUCCCUGAGGAGGACAUAGUGAGUGUGACAGACAUGCUGCAGCAGCGCAGGAAAGAGCCGAGCACCAGCUGAUCCACGAGGCAGCUGGGACGCUGGAUGAUGGGGGCUCGGCGAGCCUCUCCUUCCUCCAGCUCCACGGCGGCUCUGACGGCGGGCAGGAAGGGAGGUUGACUCUGUGCCUAGCUUAGCGCUGCAUCACCAGCGGUAUCAACCACCAAGAAACGUUGCCAUGAACACCAGAAUUGCUUUUCUGUGGCGUGCACCCGCUCGGCCCGCUCGGCCUCCUGUCUCACCUCUUACGACCCAGGAUGCACCGAGUCCCAGGAGCCCACAGGUGCACGCGUGCACGUCACGGUGCUCAGUUCCUUCUAGAUGCACACACACACACACACACACACACACACACACACACACAUAAAUGGCGCUCAUCUAUUCAAAUAAACAAGCAGCAGGUCAGGCACGAAUGUGAACGAUAGGAGUUGAAAUCCGUUUGCUUAUUAUGGGAAGCUGAAUUAAUAACUUUUUAUUCUCACAUACUUGUUACCAGUAGUUUAAAAACACAGUUAGUCUACCUUUUUUGUUAAUAUUAUAAAACAUGGCCAUAAAAAGUGAAGGUAGUGUGGAAGUAAACCAUGUUGCAGCCCUUCAUUCUACUAAAGUCAAGUCGAGGGAACCUGAAUGUUUUCAGAGGGGAAGAAGAGAGCAGCUCUGUUUAUAAGUCUUAUAUUUCUGGAGGAAGGAAGCUAAAAACAAGUUUUCUGUAUUAAACUUCCCAUAAAAUUGUACUUGCAGUAUUGUUCAUGGCCAAUACGUCCUGUGAUUCACAUCACACAUUUGCUUGUGUCUGACUAAGCUGGGACAAGAAAUGCCAUUUCAUGGUCUUAAUAAUAUUUUAGUCAUUUCGCAGGAAGCUGUUCUUCGAAAAAUGCGAUUGACUCAGCUCCACAGACAUAUUUGUAAAGCUCCAUUAUGGGCAUUCACGUGGCCAUUCGAGUGGGGGGGUCAACUCCCAACCUUUUUCUCCCAUUUUCUUUUUUUUUAAUUAUUUUUUAAAUACCUAGGCAAAGAGGUAUUUGAUGAGAACAUUUUAGUACAAAUUUUGUGUCAUUUAACCGUCACACCAUAUGGGACCCUGACCCCACAUGUCAGGGUUGGGAAGUGAAAGUAUGUACUUCAAAAUCCAACACAAUUGUGAGAUAAUGAAUCCUACAAUACUGGUAGAAUUUUUUCUUUCUGUCUUUAUAUUUAUAUAUAUAUAUAUAUAUAUAUAUAUAUAUAUAUAUAUAUAUAAAUAAAUAAAUAAGAGGUCAGCAUUUUUUUUCUUUAAUAAUCAGCAUUACCCAAGGUCAAUAACACUAUGUCUUAGCUACUUUUUAUUUGCACAAUAAAUGUUUGAUUUAACAAAUAUCACGUAGAAUAUUUUCUUUGGUACAUUUUAUACAAUUUGAAGUGUUCUGUAAACGUUUGUAUUCUUUGUGCUGCUUCAUUCAAUAGAAAAUAAAGAAGGAUGA